UUGAUGCAUCUGAGAGCUAAAUUACAAAUUGUGGUUGCAAUUUCACUAUUUUUGUUGAGCUAUGCCAAAAUUGAAGCAAGACAAAGCCUAUCUAUGGUUGAAGAUUUGGAAUUGGAGAGGCAAUUGAAGCUUAUAAAUAAGCCAGCUAUCAAAACGAUUAAGGGGAAAUAUGGAGAAAUAUAUGAUUGUGUAGACUUUUACAAACAACCUGCAUUCGACAAUCCUCUAUUGAAGAAUCACGGAUUUCAUCCUGAGAUGAAACCUACCUUGCCCAAUUUACAAGGAGAUGACACUUCAUCAAACGUUAAUAGCCCUUUUACCAUAGGGUUAAAAGAUGGAGGUUGUCCUACUGGAACAGUUCCUAUCAGAAGAAUUACUAAAGACGAUCUAAUACGACAAAGAUUCUUAUCACAAAUUAGAGGCGCGGAUGAAUCCCCUUAUGGUGAUGUG